AUACAAACCAAACCAUACGAAGUAAUUCGCAUGAUACUGGGAAUGAUAAUUUAGCAUAAAUAUUUUUUCAAGGACUGUAGAAAAGAAAAAGAGAAAAACAAAUUGAAAGAAGAAUAGCUUGGAUUAUCUGAUUCAAUUUCAGGAUUCGAGUUGAAAUAACAUGAAAAGAAGCGUACGAGCAAUUCAUAAGGAAGAGAUCCGUAAGAAGUGGCGUCCUUUAUCAGAAAAACAACAUGAAGAGAUUAUGAUUGUUCUUCGUACUUGCGCUAGAUUAGUAUUAAACAGCAUCAAAUCCGAACAUAGAAAGACUGCAGCAGAAGGAUGGAUGCUACAAUGUUUAACAGGGAUGAAUCAGUCACUCAAAGCAUUGCCCGUUCCUCCUAGUAAAUUUGGCAACGGUGCCUUUUCUCAAGUGCUAACUGCGAACAAUCAACUAGAGCGACAAUUAUAUGGUGACUUGGAUCAUAUUCAUUUACUUCAAAAAGAAUUACACUUGGAAAGCAUGAGAUUAGAGCAAGAACAAAAAGCUUACGAGCAAAUGAAGCAUAAUCUUUCUUCAAACCAAGCAAGAUCACAAAAUAUGCGGACCAAGUUACAUCCUCUAUUGAAAUCUUCUUUUACGGAGCGUUCGCUGAACAAUGAUACAAUUAUGGACAACAAAGAUGCAUCGGGUUUGCUAUCCUCCAAGACAACAGCUUUGGAAACCAAAGCUAAAACAAAAUACAACAAAAAGCUACAACCAUUUUCAAGGACAUUACAUCGACAUACAGGUCAAACAGUUCAAUUAAGUCAAAAGGUACAGAAAGCUAUUCUACUACUUCAAAGGCUUCAACAGCAAAUGCCUGUAGGCCAACCGCAACCAGAACGUCCAUCAUAAUGGCCUUCUACUUUCACCUCUUUUCUGAAAACCAAAAAAAAGAUGGACCGGAAAGACACUUUUGUUGCAGUCAGUUUUAUUUUAUGGCCCUGGACUAAUGCAAACCCAAAAACUGGAUUUACAGUCCAUCUACUCUCAGCACUCAGACUAAUCACCUCGUCAUUGGUAAUUCUCACAUUAAAGUGAGACGACAAGCUAACUUAAUGGAGUGCUUGGUUAAGGAAGAAAAGUUUUCAUAAAUUUGCUACCUCCAUUGUCCUCUACCCAAUUAGGGUAGGGUAGGAUAAAUAAACCAGGAUCGAAAGGAAAUCAAUUGAAAUGAACAGGUUGAGAGAAAUAAUGUUUUCGGGAAUCAACACUUACUUUAUAAUUCGGUAAAGCCUCUCCAAAUUGGUUUUACGAGACCGAGACCAAAUGCUCUUUCUUUAGACAAGCAAGGUUCUUUUGGGAUAGAAGCUUUCCAACACUAUUUUUAAGUGCCGAAAACCGCCAUUUUUCUGCUAUAAUGUGGCUUUCUAAAACGAGGCAACUUUCCACAAUGAAAGCCUUAUGCUAAAUUUCAAGGCCUACAACUUUGGAAAUGCCCAUAACCUAUUUGGCACUUAGAAUUAUAAAGGAGAUAAGAGUUUGAUUCAACGUCAAAAACAGACCGGUUGAUAUGAGCUCUCACACAAUCGAUACAAAAUCUCAUACAGAUAAUGCUAAGAACCUCUGUAGAGUUGGACAUGAGUGUUUUUCCAGUAUUCCAGUAUUACAGAGAUCCAUGUCAGAAAAACAUACAUUAUGUGAUAAAGAAGCUUUUUUUCUUAAGCGUUUUGAUGGCACAUAUUGAAGUCUUGAUAUGAUUACCCUUGGCAAGAGUCUGAGACAAUUCAUGAAUGCUCUCUAGGAACCUUUCUCAACUAUGAGAAAUAAAUUAAUUAAUUUAUAGUUAUACCUGCAAAUUUCGUUCUUGAAUGAUGAUGAUGUUUAUACACAUGCUUUUUAAACCAUGCGUGUCGUUAACAGGCAGCUUUCUCUCUAUUAACUUUACCCAUUUUCCUAAUGAUUUCUGAAUUGGAUUAAAUGAUACUCUAUUGGAUUCUCUUAGUUUGCUUUCAAUCUACGUGGAAAAUUUCUUGAUACCACUUUAGUCAUAAUGUUUUCAUAAAAGACGAAUAAUGAGAUUUCUUUUUUUAUAUAUAUAGGCAAGUCUUCUUCAUAUAUGGGACCG